AUGAAUAUUUUUAGAUUCUUUGGUGAUCUUUCACAUUUAGCUAGUAUAUUUAUACUAUUAUAUGCAAUUGAAACAAAUAGAUCAAUAAAUGGUAUAUCAUUAAAAACUCAAGCAUUAUAUGUUGUUGUAUUUAUAACAAGAUAUCUUAAUUUAUUUACAAAAUUUUAUUCAUUAUAUAAUACUUUACUCAAGAUUAUUUUCAUAACAAGUUCGAUUUAUACUGUUUAUGUAAUGAUUUAUAAAUAUCAAAAAUCUAUUACAAAUCAUGUUGAUACUUUCCCGGUUAGAUAUUUGGUAGGUGGAGCACUUAUUGCAAGUUUAAUUUUUACACAUAAAUAUACACCAGGUGAAAUAAUAUGGAGUUUUAGUUUAUGGCUUGAAGCAGUUGCUAUAUUACCACAAUUAUAUAUUUUACAAAGAACGGGUGAAGCAGAAAAUAUCACUACUCAUUAUAUUUUUGCCUUGGGGUUAUACAGAGCUUUAUAUAUUCCAAAUUGGAUUUAUAGAUAUUUUGCUGAAGGUCAUUUAGAUUAUGUUUCAAUUUUAUCAGGACUUUUACAAACUGCUGUUUAUUCAGAUUUUUUUUAUAUUUAUUAUAAUAAAGUAUUAAAAGGAAAAAAAUUUGAAUUACCGGUAUAG